GGUGUUAGAGAAGACCAGAGAGACAGACCUCAAAGGUGGUCUUCCUCUGCAUCUCUCUCUCCCCUCUCUCUCUCUCUCUAGAAAAUCACAAAGACCCAUUGAUUAGAGAGAGAAAGAGAAGAAAGUACUGCUACCACUUCUCUCAAUUCUGAAAGCCUUUUUACACUGAACUUGUCAAAAACAGAACCCCUCUUCUUGCUUCUACUUCACUCUAGAGUUUACAGAUUUGCACUCUAAAUAUAGCACCCAUUUCUCUCUCUCUUAGAUCUCCAAAUCUUACAUCAUUACCCAAAAAGAGUCAACAACUCUCUGUUUUCUAUCUAUCUCUUGCUCUGUUCUUGUCAAUUUUGUUUCUUUACAUCUUCAUCUCUCAGUUGGAAUCAAAAUUUGGACAAUCUGAUCCAUCUGAGGGAGACCCAGUUGGGAAUUUUCCGGCAAGAUGGAGACUUUUUCCGGGAAAAAGAGACCCACAAUCAGUCUCUCUCUUUUUACUUCCUUCUCCGAGUCAAUUUCCAGUGACAAGUCUCUGAAUUCGAUCAAAUCCCCCAGGAAUUUCCAGGAGGGUGUGGUUGGGCUUGGCAUAGUGGCUGCUAUGACUGAUUUGAGCAGCCCCAAUGAGACACCCAUGUCUGCAAAGUCUCCGAAAUCAAGCCCAAUUCCCAUAGUCUCUGCAGCUAAACCUGCUGCUAAUUUCAGAGGUGGGUUUGCUGUGGAGAAACAGCUCCAAGGGGUUGAGGUGGAUGAGCUGUCUGAGAGCUAUACUUGUGUGAUUUCCCAUUUUGGGAACAAUUUGAUAAAGAAGCGUGUUUAUUUUGAUGAUAAGCUGAGUGGAGUUGUUAAUCAUUGUGAGGUGAGAACUGGGGUGUUCUCUGCUUCACCAAUGAGUGUUGGUGAAGUGGGGAGGGAGUUUUGGGCUUCGGAUUUUCUCAGUUCUUGUUAUCUUUGCAAGAAGCAGCUUCAAGGACUGGACAUUUUCAUGUACAGAGGUGAAAAAGCAUUCUGCAGCACUGAGUGCCGUGACAAGCACAUUCGAAGCGACAAUCACAAAGAGAAAUGCAGAUCUGGAGCAAUUAAAUCACUUGAUUACUCUGUAUCAUCACCUUGCUCCAGUCCUCUGGUCUUCUCGGCCGGGGUUGCUGUGGCAUGAACAUUUUGACAUACCUUUUUAUAAGUAAAUAAUACAGAAAGGAUGAGAAAGGUUUAUCCAAAUAAAGUGGUAUAACUGGCAUAAGACACAAUAGAUAAUAUUUGAGAGGGUUCAAGCAGGCAAUCCCUACGUAUAUCUGCUACUCAAAUUGCAAGAAAAAUUUCAAAUGAAUGGGAGAAAAUUAGGUGAGAAAUUGGAAAAUAUCAACUCAAGAAGUGAGACAUUAUAUAGAUUUUGCAUUUUUGUGGAAGUCAUAGUUGUUACUUGUACCUCUUGUAUACUUUGUGAACGUUUUUCAGUUACAAAAUGGGGUCUUAAUGUGAACUCGAGUCUGGAG